UCUCCAUACCCAAAAGUCCCAUUGUCACUUGUCUAAUUUAACCCUUUCUGUAACUUUUUACUUUUUAGGCACAGUAAUUAGUGAUUUCUCUGCUUAAUCCAACUUCUAUUUAAACUCCCGCAAUCCCGCUCCCAAACACAUCCACACUUAGUACCUUAAAGUUUAAACUAAUACUUGAAAAUUACGAAUUAACUAUCCUAAUCCCAAUACUCUCUUCCUUCUUAAAUAAUCUCUAACCCGUUUUAACCGGAGCCGACACAGUUGCCGACCUUACACUGUGGCGGUACUUCAUUUCCCCUUCAACGUCGGUCCAAAGUUUUUCCUAUAAAUAUCUGAAUCCUCGUAAGAUUCAGCUCCCAACUCCUUCAAAACAACUUACGCAAAACAGAGUACCAUCAUUACAAUGGAGAAAGCUCAAGUUUUCCUUCCCCUGCUUGGUUUAUGCUUCAUAUUCCUAAUUUCAGGGGUGUCGUCAGCAACAUUUACAUUAGUAAACCAGUGCAGUUAUACUGUAUGGCCGGGGAUAUUAUCUGGUGCAGGAACAACCCAGCUUUCUCCUACUGGAUUUCAGCUGAAUCCAGGUCAAUCCAUUCCCGUUUCUGUUCCGGCAGGUUGGUCCGGUCGUUUUUGGGGUCGGACUUUCUGCUCCCAAGAUUCCACCACUGGUAAAUUCACCUGCGUAACAGGUGAUUGUGGCUCCGGAGCACUAGAAUGCACCGGCGGAGCUGCUCCGCCAGCGACACUAGCUGAGUUCACACUCAACGGCGCCGAUGGACUGGAUUUCUACGACGUUAGCCUUGUGGAUGGUUACAACUUACCCGUGUUGGUAACCCCACAAGGUGGUACCGGCGCCGGAAACUGUACGGCAACUGGUUGCGUUGUGGAACUUAACGGGCCGUGUCCGGCGGAGCUGAAGCUGAUGAGUACCGGCACCGGCGGAGGCGGUGAUGAGUGCGUGGCGUGCAAAAGCGCGUGUGAAGCGUUUGGAGAUCCGAAGUAUUGUUGUAGUGGGGCAUUUGCUACGCCGGAUACAUGCAAGCCGAGUGAUUACUCGGAGUUUUUCAAGAGUUCAUGCCCACGCGCAUACAGCUAUGCGUAUGAUGAUGGAACAAGCACCUUCACUUGUGCUUCUGCAGAUUAUGUCAUCACAUUUUGUCCUGCACCUUCAACUAGUGUUAAAUCGCUUGGAGGACAAUACGCUGGUGGUGGCAGCAAUGUUUCAUCAUUGAUGAGUAGCAGUGGCAUUUCAACCUCUGCUCCAUUACCAUUCUUAACAAGUUUGAUGAUCUCCAUUGUAGCAGUCCUUUUGCAAUAGAUGUUGUAAUUUUGGUCAUUUGAGUAUUGAAGUGGGCCACUAGUCAGACAAAUUAUUUAGCCCACUAUACUUCAAAGGUAUUGUUGCCGGCACAGAGAAUAUACCAAACUUUUGCAUGUGAACACAAUAGCCCAACGUCGGCCUAUUUUUGGAGUGUUUGAAGAAGUGGUAUCCAUGUGACGUUGGAAUCUUUGAUUUCUUGUUUUGAUAAAAAAGAAGCAGCAGCAUGAAAGAGGGCUAUAAUAGACAAAAUGGAACGAAGGAGGACAGGCCAAGUUGUAAAUUGCCUAUGUAAUGGAAUUGUUUUACUUAAAAAAGAUGGUUGGUUGAGUUUAAUUAUAUUAGCAUUCAGAAUAGUUCUUGUAAAUAAAUAAAGUGUAGACAAGGUUUAGUGGCUUGGAGUUGGAGGGAUCAGUUUUAUUCAAGUAAUGCCUUAUUGAUGACAUUAAAAAGGGUUGAAUGUAUCUACUCGAGUUUUUUGUCUUUUUAA